GAUGGUAAUCCAUUCGACCCGAUCGCGCUAGCGACAUCAAUGGUUUGGUAACAGAGAUUGAGAGCUAAACUCCGGAAGUCACCAGCCAGAAAGGAUUGAUUGGCUAGAGAGAAGUAGUGGAAUAGUUGAGGAGAAAGGUGAAACAGAAGAAAAUGGCAGGAAGAUUGAGCAACGUGGCAUCACGGAUCAUGGGAGGAAACGGUGUCGUUGGUCGCUCCGUAACCUCCUCUCUUCGUCUUCGCUCCGGCAUGGGUCUCCCGGUCGGCAAACACAUCGUACCUGACAAACCUCUUCCAGUAAAUGAUGAACUGGUCUGGGACAACGGAACUCCGUUUCCUGAGCCUUGUAUUGAUCGCAUUGCCGAUACUGUUGGAAAGUAUGAGGCUUUGGCUUGGAUGUGUGGAGGUUUGGGCUUUUUCGCGACACUGGGACUGUUAGCCGUGUGGAAUGACAAAGCUUCUAAGAUACCAUAUACGCCAAAAGUAUAUCCAUAUGACAACUUGCGGGUGGAGCUUGGUGGAGAACCGUAGGUUAAUCGUCUGCGUGCAAGGCAUUGUACGGUUUAUGGUGUUUCGCAUAUGUUCAUCUGUUUGCUUGUGGAAUUUCAAACAGUUGAUAAAAAUAAUGGUUGCAGCUGACGUUAACCUCAUGAAACAAAUUGCUUGAGAUGGUUUUGUUUAAAUCGGAUUCCCGAAACAAAUAUGGUGAUUCUUUUUCACUGUUAAA